GAGGUGGGCCGGGGGAUGAAGAGAAAGGCGGGGAGGCGAGGGCGGGCUGGGCGGAUUCGACGAGCGCCGCGGCGGUUGGCGAAGCGGACGGGGUGCAGCCUCCCCGGUGCGAGGAACGGUCUCCGCUGACAGAUCCCCUUCUUCCGGCCGCGCCACUCGGGAGGCGGAUCCCCGGGGCCUGAGGAGGCUUCCCCCGGCCGGCUUGCUCUCCCUCCUUCGCUGGCGCUGCCGUGGGUCCACCGAGCGGCCUCUGAGGAGCAGCCGCAGGAGGAGGAGGAGGUCGUCGGGGGCGGCGGGCGGAGACCGCGCUCUCGCUUCCCCGGCGGCGGCGGCGGGGGCAGGACAAUGGAGGUGGCGGUGGAGAAGGCGGCGGCAGCGGCAGCGGCGGCGGCGGCCUCAGCGGCGGCCUCUGGAGGGCCCUCAGCCGCGCCAAGCGGGGAGAACGAGGCCGAGAGUCGGCAGGGCCCGGACUCGGAGCGCGGCGGCGAGGCGGCCCGGCUCAACCUGUUGGACACUUGCGCCGUGUGCCACCAGAACAUCCAGAGCCGGGCGCCCAAGCUGCUGCCCUGCCUGCACUCUUUCUGCCAGCGCUGCCUGCCCGCGCCCCAGCGGUACCUCAUGCUGCCCGCGCCCAUGCUGGGCUCGGCCGAGACCCCGCCGCCCGUUCCUGCCCCGGGCUCGCCGGUCAGCGGCUCUUCGCCGUUCGCCACCCAAGUUGGAGUCAUUCGAUGCCCAGUUUGCAGCCAAGAAUGUGCAGAGAGACACAUCAUAGAUAACUUUUUUGUGAAGGACACUACUGAGGUUCCCAGCAGUACAGUAGAAAAGUCAAAUCAGGUGUGCACAAGCUGUGAGGACAACGCAGAAGCUAAUGGCUUUUGUGUAGAGUGUGUUGAAUGGCUGUGCAAGACAUGUAUCAGAGCUCAUCAGAGGGUAAAGUUCACGAAAGACCACACUGUCAGACAGAAAGAGGAAGUAUCUCCAGAGGCAGUUGGUGUCACCAGCCAGCGACCAGUGUUUUGUCCUUUUCAUAAAAAGGAGCAGUUGAAGCUGUACUGUGAGACAUGUGACAAACUGACAUGUCGAGACUGUCAGUUAUUAGAACAUAAAGAGCAUAGAUAUCAAUUUAUAGAAGAAGCUUUUCAGAAUCAGAAAGUGAUCAUAGAUACACUAAUCACCAAACUGAUGGAAAAAACAAAAUACAUAAAAUUCACAGGAAAUCAGAUCCAAAACAGAAUUUUUGAAGUAAAUCAAAAUCAAAAGCAGGUGGAACAGGAUAUUAAAGUUGCUAUAUUUACAUUGAUGGUAGAAAUAAAUAAAAAAGGAAAAGCUCUACUGCAUCAGUUAGAGAGCCUUGCAAAGGACCAUCGCAUGAAACUUAUGCAACAACAACAGGAAGUGGCUGGACUUUCUAAACAAUUGGAGCAUGUCAUGCAUUUUUCUAAAUGGGCAGUUUCCAGUGGCAGUAGUACAGCAUUACUUUAUAGCAAACGACUGAUUACAUACCGGUUGCGGCACCUCCUUCGUGCAAGAUGUGAUGCGUCCCCAGUCACCAACAACACCAUCCAGUUUCACUGUGAUCCUAGUUUCUGGGCUCAAAAUAUUAUCAACUUAGGUUCUUUAGUAAUCGAGGAUAAAGAGAGCCAGCCACAAAUGCCUAAGCAGAAUCCUGUCGUGGAACAGAAUUCACAGCCACCAAGUGGUUUAUCAUCAAACCAGUUAUCCAAGUUCCCAACACAGAUCAGCCUAGCUCAAUUACGGCUCCAGCAUAUGCAGCAACAGCAACCCCCUCCACGUUUGAUAAACUUUCAGAAUCACAGCCCCAAACCCAAUGGACCAGUUCUUCCUCCUCAUCCUCAACAACUGAGAUAUCCACCAAAUCAGAAUAUACCACGACAAGCAAUAAAGCCCAACCCUCUACAAAUGGCUUUCUUGGCUCAACAAGCCAUAAAACAGUGGCAGAUCAGCAGUGGACAGGGUGCCCCAUCAACUACCAACAGCACAUCCUCUACUCCUUCCAGCCCCACAAUUACUAGUGCAGCAGGAUAUGAUGGAAAGGCUUUUGGUUCACCUAUGAUCGAUUUGAGCUCACCAGUGGGAGGUUCUUAUAAUCUUCCCUCUCUUCCAGAUAUUGACUGUUCAAGUACUAUUAUACUGGACAAUAUUGUGAGGAAAGAUACUAAUAUAGAGCAUGGCCAGCCAAGACCACCCUCAAACAGAACGGUCCAGUCACCAAAUUCAUCAGUGCCAUCUCCAGGCCUAGCAGGACCUGUUACUAUGACUAGUGUACACCCCCCAAUACGUUCACCUAGUGCCUCCAGCGUUGGAAGCCGAGGAAGCUCUGGCUCUUCCAGCAAACCAGCAGGAGCUGAUUCGACACACAAAGUCCCAGUGGUAAUGUUGGAGCCAAUUCGAAUAAAACAAGAAAACAGUGGACCACCUGAAAAUUAUGAUUUCCCUGUUGUUAUAGUGAAGCAAGAAUCAGAUGAAGAAUCCAGGACUCAAAAUGCCAAUUAUCCAAGAAGCAUACUCACCUCCCUGCUCUUAAAUAGCAGUCAGAGCUCUACUUCUGAGGAGACUGUGCUAAGAUCAGAUGCCCCUGAUAGUACAGGAGAUCAACCUGGACUUCACCAGGAGAAUUCCUCGAAUGGAAAGUCUGAGUGGCUGGAUCCUUCCCAGAAGUCACCCCUUCACGUUGGAGAGACAAGGAAAGAAGAUGACCCAAAUGAGGACUGGUGUGCAGUUUGUCAAAAUGGAGGGGAACUCCUGUGCUGUGAAAAGUGCCCCAAAGUAUUCCAUCUUUCUUGUCAUGUGCCCACAUUGACAAAUUUUCCAAGUGGAGAGUGGAUUUGCACUUUCUGCCGAGACUUAUCUAAACCAGAAGUUGAAUAUGAUUGUGAUGCUCCCAGUCACAACUCAGAAAAAAGGAAAACUGAAGGCCUUGUUAAAUUAACGCCUAUAGAUAAAAGGAAGUGUGAGCGCCUACUUUUAUUUCUUUACUGCCAUGAAAUGAGCCUGGCUUUUCAAGACCCUGUUCCUCUAACUGUGCCUGAUUAUUACAAAAUAAUUAAAAAUCCAAUGGAUUUGUCAACCAUCAAGAAGAGACUACAAGAAGAUUAUUCCAUGUACUCAAAACCUGAAGAUUUUGUAGCUGAUUUUAGAUUGAUCUUUCAAAACUGUGCUGAAUUCAAUGAGCCUGAUUCAGAAGUAGCUAAUGCUGGUAUAAAACUUGAAAAUUAUUUUGAAGAACUUCUAAAGAACCUCUAUCCAGAAAAAAGAUUUCCUAAACCAGAAUUCAGGAAUGAAUCAGAAGAUAAUAAAUACAGUGAUGAUUCAGAUGAUGACUUUGUACAGCCCCGAAAGAAACGCCUCAAAAGCAUUGAAGAACGCCAGUUGCUUAAAUAAUAUGCAGCACCACUGGCUUGUGCUGGUUUUUAGAUUUUUUUGUUUUCAAUAAACAUUUGUCAGUAAUUUAACAUCACUACAAAGAAGAGUUUGUGACUACUCUGAUCUCUGUUUUGGCCAUUUCCUAGACUUUGAUUUCCUUAAUAACCCAUUUUUGUUAACCUCUUAUCACUAAGAAAAAGAAUAAAGAAGGAAAUGAAUGGAAGAAAGAACAUGGAGGGAAGGCAGAAGGGAUGGAAGAAGGAAGCAUUGAAUACAAAGACAUUCUUCCCACUUCUUGGAUUUUUAAACUACAAUCUGGAGCGAUGGCUACUGUAGAAAGGAAAUAGACUUUGUAUGAACUCUUAAGUUGAAAAGUAUAUGUGGUUUGGAUGUGUGCGCUAAUUCAGUUUUAGAAAUACCACUACCCGUGAAGUACAUGGCCUGACCAUAUGGGUUAGGCGUAGUAUACUGAAGAACAGUACUCCACAAACGUGGGUGGUAACAAGAGUUCCAUCCCAGGAGGCCAACCGGUGCAACAGAAGGGUAGAUUAGAUGCUAUUAAGAAGGCACCUAAUAGUACAUUAUGUAAGAGGGCAACUGUAUUAAAGAAAAAUCAGGAAAACAAACAUUUGAUGUUUUUGUUUUUAUCUUGUCUAUAGAGGUAUUGGUAUAGCAGGUUUUCAAGGCCAUUUUUCAUACCUUUCUAGAUCUAGAUUUUCAACUUCUUCCACUGAGGGAAGUAUACAUGUUUGGUUUUGCUGUGUGUCUAUGUGUGGUUUAACUAUACAGGUGAUCCUUUUACAACAGGCUCCUUGUUUGCAGUAUAGCUUUUAGUGGAACUACCCAAAAUAUAAAUACAGCAGUGUGCACUGUAUUUGAUGUGAGGUUUCUUCAUCAUAUACCCUACUGGGCAUUAAAUAUAAGUUCCUCUAAAAGGGACUCGCUUUUGUGGUUUUCAUCUGUCUAUAAUUUGGAAUGAAAACGCGUUGUGGGAUUUUGGGAACAGGCAGUUGGGGGAAAUAGUGAAUUUUUUUUUUCCUGAAGCAUCUAUCAACCAUGUUUUUCUUUCAAGAGUCAGAACAUCACAUUUAGUCUUUGAUCUGACUUAAUUCUGAUUUUCCUGAUAGAGAUAUAAAAGACCUAUAUUCUGAGGACAAGCAUAUUCUUAAUGGGCCAGACCUAGCCAGUUCAACUGAUACAAAUUUAUUCCUUUUACUUGUUCAGUGUUUUUUUUAGGAUCAGAUGAAAUGUCAAAGAAAGAAACCAGAUUAAGAUAGAAAAUUGCUGUGCCAUACACUAAUCCAGCAUUUGACAAAACACCUAUUUUUAGUUUGCCAAAGUUAAUUUUCCUUUAUAAAUCAUUAACUGGAGUAAAUUUGUCUCCUUAGAUGAUAGAAUAAAAAGAGCUGACUUGAAAGAAGGCUAUUAUUUGCAUUAUAUCACCCCCCAUAAAUUCAGCAUAGACGACUUGGUUUUAUCUACAUGGCUUUACUUAAAGUGGAAAGUGUUCUGUGGCUAAUUCAUUGGGUUUUCAGGUAUUGCUAAAGGUAAAAUACAAAAAGAAAACUUGUUAGCAAUAGCUUCCCAUUUUUUAUAUAUAGGUCUCAAUCAUAAUAUGUCAAUUAUAUAUUGUUAAAAAGUCCUAAUCACUUUUCCAGAUGUGUGUUACAUGGUAAUGUUUGUCACUAUUUUAAAGAUGCAUUUGACAUUUGUUCUCCAAAGAGUGCUGGAAUGGAUUUUGGUAACUGUGCAUACACCUUUUGUCUGUCUUUGCUCUAGGAUUUUAUUUUUAGCACAGCAGCUGUCGCGCUUUUGCUAAUAAGUUAUUGGUAUCUUAGAAUACUGUUCGUCUGACAGUUUGUUCUUCCAUACUUGUCUCCUGAGUUAAAACAGCAAUGCAGAUAAAUUAUCUUGAGAGUCAUCACAAAGGGAGUUAGAACUUGUGAGAGUAAAACUAUAAUUUCCUAAUGAACCCCAAACUGUCACUAUUACAUUCAGUGCCAUAUUUACCUUUUAAAACAGUAUUUGUUUCUCCCUAACAAUCUUUGGCUGAAUGAAAGGCAGAACCAUA